CCCGGGCAGCGCAGGAUCUGCGGCUCUGCCCCAACAAGCAAACUUUGAAAACUGCUGAGGAAGGCACAGAGCUGUGGCCAAGCUUGCACGGAGGACCGCUCUUUCUCUGUGUCCGCUUGGGCGUCUAUGUGUGCCCAUGGCAGUGGCCCUUCAGCACAGGCAGCCCUCCAGGGCCCAACCUCUGCCAGGACUCGGCCACAAACUGUCUGGGACAGACUCGUGUGACGUGUGCAACAGCACCAACCUUCCAGAAGUCGAGAUCAUUAGCCUGCUGGAGGAGCAGCUGCCCCAUUACAAGCUGAGAGCUGACACCAUCUACGGCUAUGACCACGAUGACUGGCUGCACACGCCUCUCAUUUCCCCAGAUGCCAACAUCGACCUCACAACCGAGCAGAUUGAAGAGACGCUGAAAUACUUCCUUCUCUGUGCUGAAAGAGUUGGCCAGAUGACUAAGACAUACAAUGACAUAGAUGCUGUCACCAGGCUUCUUGAGGAGAAAGAGCGGGAUUUGGAGCUGGCUGCACGGAUCGGCCAGUCAUUGUUGAAGAAGAACAAGACCCUAACUGAGAGGAACGAACUGCUGGAAGAGCAGGUGGAACACAUUCGGGAAGAGGUGUCUCAGCUGCGACAUGAGCUGUCCAUGAAGGAUGAACUGCUACAGUUCUACACCAGCGCCGCUGAGGAGAGCGAGCCCGAGUCCGUGUGCUCAACCCCGCUGAAGAGAAACGAGUCAUCUUCCUCGGUGCAGAAUUACUUCCACCUGGAUUCUCUUCAGAAAAAGCUGAAGGACCUUGAAGAGGAGAACGUGGUACUCCGAUCUGAGGCCUGCCAGCUGAAGACCGAGACCAUCACCUAUGAGGAGAAGGAGCAGCAGCUGGUCAACGACUGCGUGAAAGAGCUGAGGGAUGCCAACGUCCAGAUUGCAAGCAUCUCCGAGGAACUGGCCAAGAAGACAGAAGAUGCCGCUCGCCAGCAGGAGGAGAUCACGCACCUGCUGUCGCAAAUCGUGGACUUACAGAAGAAGGCGAAAGCUUGUGCGGUGGAAAACGAAGAGCUUGUCCAGCACCUGGGCGCUGCCAAGGAUGCCCAGCGGCAACUCACGGCCGAGCUGCGGGAGCUGGAGGACAAAUAUGCAGAGUGCAUGGAAAUGCUUCACGAGGCACAGGAGGAACUGAAGAACCUCAGGAACAAGACGAUGCCCAACACCACGUCGCGGCGCUACCACUCACUCGGCCUGUUCCCCAUGGACUCCUUGGCUGCGGAGAUCGAGGGAACUAUGCGCAAGGGCCUGCAGCUGGAAGAGCCAGAGUCUCCGGACAUCACCCACCAAAAGCGUGUCUUUGAGACGGUGAGAAACGUCAAUCAAGUGGUCAAGCAGAGAUCACUGACCCCCUCCCCCAUGAACAUCCCGGGCUCCAACCAGUCCUCAGCCAUGAACUCCCUCCUGUCCAGCUGCGUCAGCACCCCCCGCUCCAGCUUCUACGGCAGCGAUGUCAGCAACGUGGUCCUCGAUAACAAGACCAACAGCAUCCUCCUGGAAACUGAGGCAGCCGACCUGGGGACCGAGGAUCACAAUAAGAAGCCGGGCACGCCAGGCACCCCGGGCUCCCACGACCUGGAGACGGCCCUGAGGCGGCUGUCCCUGCGCCGGGAGAACUACUUGUCUGAGCGGAGGUUCUUUGAGGAGGAGCAGGAGAGAAAACUGCGUGAGCUGGCGGAGAAGGGAGAGCUGCACAGCGGCUCGCUCACACCCACGGAGAGCAUCAUGUCCCUGGGCACACACUCACGCUUCUCCGAGUUCACGGGCUUCUCCGGCAUGUCCUUCAGCAGUCGCUCCUACCUGCCCGAGAAGCUGCAGAUCGUGAAGCCCCUCGAAGGUUCAGCCACGCUUCACCACUGGCAGCAGUUGGCCCAGCCUCAUCUUGGGGGCAUCCUGGACCCCCGUCCUGGUGUGGUCACCAAGGGCUUCCGGACUCUGGACGUUGACCUGGAUGAAGUGUACUGCCUUAACGACUUUGAGGAAGACGACACAGGUGACCACAUUUCUCUCACGGGCCUAGCUACCUCCACGCCAAUCCAGCACCCAGAGACCUCAGCGCCCCACCCUGGGAAGUGCAUGUCGCAGACCAACUCCACUUUCACCUUCACCACUUGCCGAAUCCUGCACCCCUCAGAUGAGCUCACGCGGGUCACGCCAAGCCUUAACUCCGCCCCAGCUCCGGCUUGUAGCAGCAGCAGCAGCCACCUGAAACCCACACCAGUGGCCACGCCAUGCACCCCCCGGAGACUGAGCCUGGCUGAGUCCUUCACAAACGUCCGCGAGUCCACAACCACCAUGAGCACGUCCCUGGGGCUGGUGUGGCUGCUGAAGGAGCGAGGCAUCUCGGCAGCUGUGUACGACCCCCAGAGUUGGGACCGGGCUGGCAGGGGCUCCCUCCUGCACUCCUACGCCCCUAGGAUGGCUGUGAUCCCAUCCACCCCACCAAACUCCCCUAUGCAGACGCCCGUGGCCUCCCCACCCUCCUUCGAGUUCAAGUGCACGAGCCCUCCCUACAACAACUUCCUGGCCUCCAAGCCUGCCAGCUCCAUCCUGAGGGAGGUGAGGGAAAAGAAACGCCUACGUAGCAGCGAGAGCCAGACGGAUGUGUCCGUCUCCAACCUCAACCUCGUGGACAAAGUCAGGAGAUUUGGGGUGGCCAGAGUGGUGAACUCAGGGCGAGCCCACAUCCCUACCUUGACUGAGGACCAGGGACCUCCUUCUCUCUGUGGAGCCGUGGGGCCAGCACAGACGCUUGUUCCCGGGGGCCUGGUCCCCGAGGGCCUGCCUCUGGGGUGCCCCAGCGGCAUCCGGAGGAAUCGCAGCUUCCCCACCAUGGUUGGGUCCAGCGUGCAGAUGAGAGCCCCCAUGAUCCUCACCUCAGGCAUCUUAAUGGGUGCUAAGCUCCCCAAACAGACUAGCUUGCGGUGAGGCCGGGGAUCGCUGCCCUCCGGGACAUCAGCUCUGUCUGCUCCCUGCCUCCCAUCUCCUGCAGAGCGCUCGCACCCUUGUCCCCUCCGAGGUCUUCUCCCGAGCUAGACAAAUCAACCUUGUGCCUCGUGGGGGGGAGGGAGUGGAACUCCACAUGGUAUGCACACAGGACUUGGGGACGUCGAGUCUGCUUUCUCUUCCGAUGUCCAGGAAGUGACAGCCCGCCAAGGGCACACUCUCACGAGGAUGCCGCCUGAGCUCGCCUGGGGCCAGGUGGUGUCCUUUUCUUCCCUACUUUCAAGCACUGAAGUUCCCAACGGUGUUCUUAUCCCAUGGAUAGGAAUCUGGUGAAUCCUGCAUAAGACCGUGGAGUUGCACACAUAGCCGCCGCGUGGCACAGGUCUCCUUGCCCACCUGUGGCAGCCAACAGAGCUGCUUGCCAUCAGAGAGAGCUGUUCUUUCUGCCGUAGGCGGCCCAACUUCCUCAAGAUCUGCACUGCUCUGCCCCGAUGGACUGUCCGUCCGUUCGUGAGACGUGACUUUCUUUUUGUGUCUCUGACUUGAAGUGACCCUGUGACCCUGUGUUUUGUCAUCAGCUGCCAGGCUCAGAGCCUGGCCUGAAAAGAAUGUAUUUACACUCCGAUGUGCCAUCAGGCAGCCCCUCUGUGUUCUAUAUGAUUGAUUUUUUU